GGAAUUUGAGGCAAUAAAUUAUACCAAACUUCAAUAAUUCAUCCAUUGGAUAGUUAAUUUUCUGGUGGUGAGGGUGGCAUCUGCAAGAUCUAUGGAAGAUUCGUAACUUGCAGUUCUCGAGAAGCGAGCAUGGACGGGAAAAUUGGGGUCCCGAUAUUUCCGUCUCCAUUUUUUCCUCUGAAAUUCCACUCCCAUUUUACCUCUUAUUGUUUCUAAUUCAGGUUCUCGGCGUGAUAAAUGGAUGUUGAUGAUAUUUUUUCCAACAUAAAGCCUGUGAAUCUUCCAACCAGAAGUGCAAUUUACAUAUGGGGAUACAACCAAUGUGGACAAACAGGUAGGAAGGGGAAAGAACGCCAAUUAAGGAUCCCAAAGCAGCUUCCUCCCGAGUUGUUUGGAUGCCCUGUUGGGGCCAAUUCACGGUGGUUGGAUAUUGCUUGUGGCCGCGAGCAUACUGCGGCUGUGGCUUCGGAUGGAUCGCUUUUCACUUGGGGAGCAAAUGACUUUGGCCAGUUGGGGGAUGGAACUGAGGAGGGAAGGAAGCAGCCAAAGAAAGUAAAUCAAUUACAGUCAGAGUUUGUCAAAUCUGUAUCCUGUGGAGCACAUUGCACUGCUGCUAUUGCAGAGCCUCGGGAAAAUGAUGGAACCAUCUCAGCAAGCAGACUUUGGGUUUGGGGCCAAAAUCAGGGUUCAAAUUACCCGCGUUUAUUUUGGGGUGCCUUUACGCCGAACACGGUUAUUCGCCAAGUUUCUUGUGGGGCAGUGCAUGUGGUGGCUUUAUCUGAGGAUGGCCUGCUGCAAGCUUGGGGCUACAAUGAAUAUGCCCAGCUUGGCAGAGGUUUUAGUUGUGAAGGACUCCAGGGGCCUCGUGUAAUAAAUGCUUUUGCAAAGUUUCUUGACGAAGCCCCCGAACUUGUGAAGAUUUCCCAAGUGUCGUGUGGGGAGUACCACACAGCAGCUGUAUCUGGAAAAGGCGAGGUCUAUACUUGGGGACUGGGUAAUAUGGGUCAACUUGGGCAUUGUUCCCUUCAGUCUGGGGAUAAAGAGCUAUUACCAAGGCGAGUCGUCGCCCUUGAUGGAAUAUUCAUAAAAACUGUUGCAUGUGGUGGGGUACAUACAUGUGCUUUGACUUCAAAGGGAGCGCUUUAUGCCUGGGGUGGUGGUCAAGCAGGGCAGCUAGGACUUGGUCCCCAAAGUGGAUUCUUUUCAUGCACCUCUAAUGGAUCUGAAAUGUUGCUCCGAAAUAUCCCUGUUUUGGUUGUCCCAACAGGUGUGCUACUAGUUUCUUGUGGACAUUCCCACACACUUAUUUGUACAAGGGAUGGAAGAAUUCAUGGAUGGGGUUACAAUAGCUAUGGUCAGGCAGCUAAUGAGGAGUCUACAUAUGCUUGGUUUCCAUCACCAGUUGAUUGGUGUGUUGGUGAAGUGCGCAAACUGGCUGCUGGUGGAGGCCAUUCGGCUGUUCUGACCGAUGCAUGUUCUCUGAAGGACUUGUGUGAGUUCAGGCUUGCAGACAGUGUGACUCUUUCUAAUGCUUCUGAGAUAGAAGAUGUUGCUUCCAGAACUGGAUCUGAUGCUUUAGCACGCCUUUGUGAAAGAUUGAGGGGGCAUUUGCUUGGCUGUAGCGAUUGUGACUAUGAAGAUGACGAGAGUCCUUAUGUGAAGAACUGAGUAGGCAUUCAGAAUCAGUGCAUGAUUGCUAUUAAUUUGUUGUGAUGUGAAGAACUUGGUAAACAUUCAGCAUCAGCACCAUGAGUGCUAUCCAUUCUAUCCGUGGGUAUUUUAUUGCUCAUUUAUUGAUUGAUUAUCAGUUUAGUUAGGGGACUAAAAGCAGAACUGUGUUGUACUCAAAUGAGGAAGAGGACUUUCUUGUAUUGGUGACUCAUUGAAAUCCUAGAAAUUUGUAGGUGGUCGUUUGACAAUUGGGUAAAAACAAUUCUGGCUUUAGCCAUAUAUUCACAAUGUAUGACAAUAUUAAUAUAUUCAAGUGCGGACAGCAUUCAAACA